UUAGAUUUCAAUUUUCUUAAUUUAUUUUGCCUAUUAAAAAAAGCUAUGGAAUCUAUCACAUAAUAUAGGGAGAAAAAAAUUGUCUGUCUUAUCAAAAUUUAAUUGAGAGAGUAUGGUGACUGAAAAUCAACUCCAAGUUUCAAAUGCAGGACAUCAAAAUGACGGAACCAAUUUUUUCAAAACUUGUUUCAAUGGACUCAAUGCCUUGACAGGUAUUGGAAUACUAUCAAUGCCAUAUGCAGUUUCUCAAGGAGGGUGGUUGAGUUUCAUGCUACUAAUUAUAUUUGCCAUGAUAUGUUGUUACACAGCUUUACUUUUAGAUAGGUGUAUGAAUGCACAUCCAAGAAUCAAAUCUUAUGCUGAUAUAGGAGAGGUUGCUUUUGGGUACAAAGGAAGAGUUGUAAUGGCUACUUUUAUUUACAUAGAAUUGUUUUUAGUUGCUGUGGAGCUUCUUAUAUUAGAAGGAGACAAUUUGGAGAAGCUUUUUCCAAAUAUGAGAUUCACAAUCUUUGGCCUAAGAAUUGGUGGUAAAAGUGGUUUUGUAAUUCUCACUGCUUUGGCAAUAUUACCAACAACAUGGUUGAGAAAUUAUGGAGCUCUAGCAUAUAUUUCUAUUGGUGGAGUAUUUACUUCUAUUGUGCUAAUUGGUUGUGUUGUGUGGGUGGGUGAAGUUGAUGGUGUUGGAUUUAACGAAAGAGGAAAAUUUGUGAAUUUAAGAGGAUCUUCUACUUCUAUGAGCCUUUUUGCUUUUUGUUACAAUGUUCAUGCAUUACUUCCCACAAUACGCAAUUCCAUGAGUGAAAGAAAACAAUUUUCCAAGGUUGUGAUGGUAUGUUUUGUGGUAAGCGCUACUAUCUAUGGAACUAUUGCCAUUUUAGGCUACAUGAUGUAUGGAGAUAAUUUGAAGUCACAAAUCACAUUAAAUUUACCCAUAAGCACUAUAAGUACUAAAAUAGCAAUCUAUUCCACCGUAAUUAAUCCUUUCACAAAAUAUGCUAUUCUUAUCAGCCCAAUAACAAUUGCUAUCGAGGAUAAAUGGCAUCUAUGCAUGAGCAAACCUAUUAGCAUUAUUGUUAGAACAACAAUUGUAGUUAGUAGUGUAAUUGUGGCACUAUUCCUUCCCUUUUUUGCGUACAUUAUGGCCUUCAUUGGUGCAUUCUUGAGUGUUGCAAUUUCAUUGUUGUUCCCUUGCCUUUGCUACCUAAAGAUAAACAAAGCUGCUAUGAGACUUGGGUUAGAGGUGAUAAUGAUUAUUGGAAUUGUAGUCAUUGGUACGUUUAUUGGAAUACAUGGUACCUAUAUAUCUGUGGGGCAUAUAGUAAAUCAGAUGAAGCAUUGAAGGGGUAUGCUUAAUGCUAACUAAUAUUAGGUUAGAUUGCAUUUUUGGUCCCUUAACUAUUUAGAUAGUAUCGCUUUGGUCCCUUAGUUAAAAUUCGAUUUAUUUUGAUCCCUUAACUUCUCUAUGUUACAUAUUUUGGUCCUU